AUGUCAAGUAACGGUAUGAAUCACGAGAAUGAGCAUCGUAUAAUACCAAAUGGCGGUGCCUCUGUCCAGUCGUGUGAGUUUUGUGGUGUAAAUAAAGAUUUACAGCCUGUCAAUCGAGAGAGUGCCAGUUCUGGUGCAACGCCAUCUGUCAGUCCCACUGCAUCAUUAAUAAGCAGUGACAGUUCAAUCUCAAACUGCAGUGGCAUUUCAGUAGAUGCAAACUUUUAUGGCCGGGGCUAUGUAGAAGACAGCAGCACAGAGAGCAGUCAAGAAGAUUCUGUAUCUAGUUCAAAAGGGCAUCUGGAUUAUUCAAACUCAUCAGUCGGUUUUCAUCAGACUGGUGUAGAAACUGUAGGAAGUGGCGAAGUUCAGAUUGGACGAGGUAAUAACGUGGAAAGAGUUGGUUUGCAUAUUGACGAAGAAACUGGGAUAUCGGAUGAAAUGGAUGGUCAAUUUUGGCUUCCACCAGAACCAGAAGAUCAAGAAGAUGAUAUCAUAGAUAGGGUAGCAAAUUAUGAUGACGAUGAUGACGAAUGUGGGGAGGAUGGUGUGAGGUGGGCUAAGUCGAGUUCUUUAAGCUGUUUUGGAGAAGGAGGCAGCGGGAGCUACAAGUUCAAAGAGGAAAAGCGUAAAGCAAUGGACGAGGUUAUGAAUGGGAAGUUCAAGGCCCUUGUCGGUCAACUAAUUAAGUCUGUCGGUGUUGCCUCUUCUGGAAAUGAUGGAGAAAAUUGGGUGGGUAUAGUGACUUCUUUAUCAUGGGAGGCUGCUGCUUUUGUGAAGCCUCUUGCAAAUGAGGGUAAGGCAAUGGAUCCUGAUGGAUACGUCAAAAUCAAAUGUAUUGCAACCGGUUCCCGCAGCCAAAGUCGAUUAAUCAAGGGGUGUGUCUUCAAAAAGCAUGCUGCCCACAAACACAUGCCAACAAAGUAUAAGAACCCAAAAUUGAUGUUGAUCAAUGGUUCACUUGAUCUCUCUUCUAGUGGAUUAUCAUCAUUUGAAUCAAUGCAACAGGAGAAGAAUAGUCUAAAAUCUAUUGUUGAGAGGAUAGAAAUUUACAAUCCAAGUGUGAUUUUGGUUGAGAAAUCAGUUUCUCGUGGCAUACAAGAAUCCAUUCUUGCAAAAGGAAUGACAUUAGUCUUUGAUAUGAAGCUCCAUCGUCUGGAGAGAGUUGCUCGUUGUACUGGUUCAUCCAUCUUGUCAUCAGAUUUUGCUAGUGGCCAACAGCUUAGGCCGUGCGAUUCCUUUCAGAUUGAAAAGUUCGUAGAAGAACACAAUGUUUUAACCGAAAGUGGGAAAAAACCGACCAAAACAUUAAUGUUUCUUGAGGGCUGUCCCUCUCGUCUUGGAUGUACCAUUUUGCUGAUGGGAGCUAAUGGCAAUGAACUGAAAAGGAUUAAAUGCGUUGUCCGGUGUGCAGUUAUCAUGGCAUAUCAUUUAAUGCUCGAGACUUCUUUCCUUCUAGAUCAGAGGGCAAUGUUCUCAACUAUUCCCCUGAACAACAUAGUGGACCUAGCACUUAACCACCAACAAUUACUGUCAAUUGAUACAGAUAAGACAGCUGUAUUUUCCCAGGAAAGUAAUGCUGAUGGAUUCGAUGAAACAGGACCUCGCAACCUAAUCUCACUGUCAGAAGGCAGUUCUUCAUUCUCAUUUGAGCCAUAUAGCCCAGCAACAUUUCCGGGAUUAUCUCUGUCAGAAUCUCUUUAA